AUGAAUUCUUCGGCUACGCCUCAAGAUGUACGAGCCUCUGGUAGACGGUUAACUCCUCCUCGGUUUGAAGAAUUCGAGUUGCCUUCGACCUUUGAGUCACUUACACCUUUACGUCAAUAUACCUCUGCAUCCGUUAUCGAGGAGACAGAGAAUGGAAAUGACUACCUGGAUAUCUUUGCAGAAGUCACUGACGCCGACGAAAUCUUUGCCGAGCAGUGGGAAUCUGGAGCAACCGAGCAGUCUACAACGCCACCGCUGAAGCGCAUCGAUUCCUUCGAUUUCGUUACAGGAGGGUCAGAGAGGACAAGCAGCCGGCCUGCGCUUCUUUCUGCAGGGCUCCUGCUAUGUUUACUACUGGCUCUUUGCCUGAGAUAG